AGCUCCUCUCUCCUUCUAAUCUCCAACAACAAAAACUCAAAUUUGGAAAGAGUUGGCGGCGGCGGUCUACCAAUCCUCAAUCGAAUUUGGAGCCAUGAUGCCGCCGGUGGAACAAGGAGAAGGUACUGAAGCUGCACACAAACCAGAGCAAGAAGAAAAAGUAGCGGCAGCUCAAGAAUCAGAACCUGGUUUACGCGGGGAGUUGGAAGGGGCGGCGGUGGCGGCGGCGACGAUGAAACCUUGGGAGCAGCACGCAGGGGUCAUCAGCUUGCCCCGAUACGAUUACAAAGCUCCAUCGUCGCUUCUUCACCACUCCCACUCUGGCUUCUUCAUUACCUGUUCAAUAAAGAGGGAAAAAAGUGCUACCAAGGAAGUCAUGUCCAUCCUUGACAAGUCUGUCGGGAUCGGUAACAAUGGUAACCCUAACGAUGUUGUCGAAGCUCUAGCUCCAGAUGUAACCAGUAAGAGAAGAAAAGUUUCUGAAGAUGAGAACUUGACUGUGGAAGUGAAGAACCAGGGCAGUGUAGAGGAGAAAGGCGAGGUUUCAGAAGUUACGCCUCCUGUUCUUUCAAAGAAAGAAAUAACUGAAGAUAAGGCUUCUGUUCUUUCGCUAGUUAAGCUGAUAAAAAGUGGCCUGAUCCUCCUCAUCUUUCCUAGAGAAGCUUCUUUCGACACUGUUGAUGCUGUGUCGAAGACUUUCCUCGACAUUGAAUCUGGGUGUUUGAAGCCACCAAUUGCAGCUGGUGUCACCGUAUAUUCCCGAUCCAAGCCACUUGUUCCCUGAAUGAGAAGGACCUGCAUGCAGUUGUCAAGAAGCUUGUUCUUGAUUUCUUACAUAACAAGCAACACAAAACUGCACAGCCACUUAAGUUUGCAGUUGGUUACAACAGAAGAGGAAUGGAAGAGCAGAAGAUAUUUGCAAGAGAUAAUAUGAAGGAUUCAGAAGUUGUGUCAAUGUUGGACAGGGAUAAAUGUUUCCGUGUUGUUGCUUCUGCUGUGAAAGAAACUAUACCAGACUCCGCCAUUGACCUGAAAUGCCCAGAUAUUUCGGUUCUGGUUGAGCUGCUGCCACUGUCUGGAGUACCCGAUGGAUCAUUGAUAGCUGCUGUGUCCGUCCUUCCACAAAACCUCACAAGUACAAAGCCCCGGCUCUGCGUUAAGCCGUUGGUCUCUGAAGGCAAGGGAAAGAAGGGAAGGAGUUGAAGCUGCAAAGAGGGGCAAGAAGUUGGUGAAAUAGGAAGGUAGAGAAUUAGGAGGGGAAAGUAUGGACUGGUAUUAGAUUUGUGAGAGGUACUUCAGUUUUGGGUUUGAUUUAGAACGAAUUGGGUCCGAUACAAGUCUCAAGCUUGUUCUCGGAUCCUGGGGAUGGGUCUCCGUCUUGUACGUGUUUAGAGUUAGACUUAAGACUUUAGAUAUGUUGUGUCAUUUGCCUAAUAUGUGACUAUUACUAUUUACUGGUUAGUACUUACAAGUUAAGACAUAAUAAUCUACAAAAUUGCGAAGAAGGUUUGGUUUAGUG